AUGGCUUUCAGCGCUGUUUUUUCAGCGCCGGUGACCAUCCCUGAGUUUGCACUUCCUGAUUGCUCCACUGCUGACGUCACCUCACCUCCUACUCCCUCCUCUUACAUCGACUUUCAGGACAGCACAACCAGCUUUGACACGGAUGUAUCUUUCCAGGGUGUGCCUGACUUUGCUGACGUUUUCCCUCAGAUGCUGACGUCACCUCUCGACCAGACUGCCCUCCGCAGAGCCCUCCUUUCAGCCGUCCCUUCCCUGCAUACACUGGAUCUUAACACCCUGGAAUCGAUCAUCGGCUCUUUUAGCAUUCGCUCCUUUUCAUCCGGUGACGUCAUCUGCCCCAGCGGAGGCACUGGCGUCUUUGUCCUGGCUCAGGGUUCUGUGCUUAACCUCUCGGUCGAUAACCCUCUGAUCGUGCCCUCCGACUUUGACUUGACCGCAGGACAGGGUUUCGGGGGUUUGGAGCCGUCUCGUUCUGCGUUCGUCGCAGAAUCUGACGUCAUCGUUUACUUCAUCUCUGCAGAGGCUGUGGCAGAGCUCGUUCUCGCUGACAUUUUCGCCGCUCCCCUCUCUGACCGCCUCUCUCUCCUCGACGACUUAGACCUCGCAGAUUUUGAGGUCGUCAGGAUGCUCGGGAGGGGUUCCUUUGGUGCUGUCGCUUUGGUUAAGCACCUUCCCUCUGACCGCUUCUUUGUGCUAAAGCAGGUGGACCACCAGGCGAGCCCCAACUACUGCCCCCAGAAAGAGGGUCUCAUGGCUGACCUCAUCACGCAGACUAAACCCGUUCCCUUCGAUUCCGAGACUUUCCCUGAGUUCAUGACCUCUAACGCUCGCCCCUUUAUCUGCCGCCACAUUCGUACCUUACGUCACGGUCGCACCACUUUCUUCCUCCAGGAGUUUCUUCCGGGAGGCUCUGUCACGACUCUCUUGAACAGGAUCGGCCUUCCGAGCAGCCACGUGGCGCGCGCGCGCGUCCUCUCUGAGUCUGACGCCCGGUUUUAUCUCGCAUGUCUCGUGCUUGCAGUGAGCCACAUUCACAGCACGAGGCACAUGCACCGGGACAUCAAGACCGCCAACUUCAUGUUGGAUCACCUCGGUUAUGCGACACUCAUCGAUAACUCUCUCUUGGUUAAGACUAACCACCACGGCGUUGCCCGGGGUUCUGCAGGCACUCUCAGUACGAUGGCCCCCGAGGUCGCGAAGAGCCUGCAGUUUGGUUACACCUUCACCGCUGACGUCUGGUCUCUCGGUGCAGUGCUGAUGAAGGUGAUCACCGGGAGCUACCCCUACGACCACUCAGAAGACAGGAAGCAGCUCCUCGCUGCGCUCAGGGGCCCCAAACCCGUCUCUAUCCCCACUUAUAACCUCUCCCCUGACCUUACUGACCUCCUCACCCGGUUGCUCGAGAAGGAUCCCGACCGCAGGAUCGGUGCCGAGAAGGGCCUGCAGGAGAUCCGGGACCACCCCUGGUUCCACGGCUUCGACUGGGGGGCCCUCGAGAGAAGAGAGCUGACGCCCCCCUUCGUGCCUGUCGUCUCCUCUCCGCAGGACUGUCAAAACCUGGGCCCGCUCGACGCGACCCUCGAGAUGAUUAAGCUGCCGACGAGCCGUCGAGGGGCAAUCUCUGAUUCUGACUGA